AUGUCGUCCCUGUCGAGUCCGGCGUCUUCCAGAUCUGCCUCAUCUACCACUGCCGCCGCCGCCGCUUUCGCCGCCCCACCGCCUUCUGCUGGUCUCAGGCCUCAUGCGAGCUCGGAGCAUUUACGGACAAGUGAGGCCGGUCCUGCACUAGAUAGACGCACUGAGAGACGGCGAUCCACUCUCAGCGGGUCGGAUCGUAAGCGACGGAUAGUCAGUCUGGAGGCGGAUGCGUGGUCGAGGCGUGCAGUUCCCGAACCGUUGACGGAAGCCGGGCCGAGCAGCAGUCGAGCAGCAGCGAUGGAUAGCAGGUCUAUCCCCCGGUUUUCCGCCUUCCAGGCACAGACGCCUCAGGAUCCUCCUUCGUCCUAUGCCAAUCCUAUCGAUCUAACAUCACCGCCGCCACCGCAGUCCCGGCCGCAGGGUACAUCCGGCUCAACCGAUAACUAUCGACGGGGAUCGGGGUCACGUACGGGUACUGGUGAUUACGUGGAGUAUACACGGCCGCAAUGGCAGCCUGAUGCGGAGGUGACGAAAUGUCCCAUCUGCGGGACAACUUUCAGCUUUUGGUACAGGAAGCAUCACUGCCGUAAAUGUGGCCGAGUCGUGUGUGCGUCAUGUUCCCCCCACCGGAUUACCAUUCCCCGACAGUUCAUUGUGCGCGACCCCAAUCGUUCUUAUGCCUCCUCCUCUUUGAUCCCCCCGCGCGCGGCUCCGAUUGUUGAUUUGGAAGGUGACGACGCCGCCAUGUCCCCAACUGCCCUCAAUCCUGCCCUGGGAGGCGGGGAGGAGGUGCGGCUGUGUAACCCCUGCGUCCCAGAUCCCAACCCAGAACCGCCUCGUGGGUUUGCGACUGUUCGGAGCCGCGGGGAAGCAGAAUCGCGCUCAGGCAUAGGGCAGGGGGGCUACGCUACUUCCUUCAAUCCAUCUGGACAUCGAUCUUAUCAUUCCAUGUCAUCGCCCGCUAAUCAGCAUCCGCAUAGUGGAGGCCUGUCAGGUACGUUUCCUUCACGGCCCGGACGACGGACCGUAGGCUCAAGCGAUUAUACGACAUUUGGUGGAUUGGGCGGCGCCUUUGCUCCACGGCUGCAGGAACGGCCCAGGCCCAUUGACUACGGAUCACUGUCUAGUUCCCGCUUCCAUCCUGUCUCAAUGGGUUCUGGUGCGUCCUCUCGACCAGUCCCGUAUCCAGCGGGAGGAAGUGCCAGUUCAUUACCCGUAUCUUCGACAGCCCGAUCUUCGUCCCUCGGGGUAGCGCCGUGGCGUCGGCCUCACGUUGAAGAGCGCGAUCUCUGUCCGAUUUGUGACCAAGAGCUUCCACCUUUGGGUAACAACGGGGACGAGGCUGGUCGGGAGGCACAUAUCCGCGACUGUAUUGAAAGUCAUGGUCGACAGGGUCGUUCGUCUCCGCAGAGCGGCAGCCCAGCGGCGUCCUCACCCGUUCCAGUUCGUCUGGUCGUAUUCAAGGCGACGGAGAAGGAUUGUGUGGGACAGGACGGAGGGCUACAGGAGUGUACCAUCUGCAUGGAGGAGUACGAGGUUGGCCAGUCGCUGGUGCGGCUGGAGUGUCUCUGCAAAUUCCACAAGCGAUGCAUCGUUGAAUGGUUUGAGCGGAAGAAGGAGUGCCCGGUGCAUAAAGUCUCCUGA